AUGUCUAGUCCAUCAAAAAAGAGGAAGCUGAACACAGGUGGGAAGCAGAAUGGAGGACCGGCAAAGGGCUUAGAAUUCUUCUUUGCCAAGCAAAGACAGAGCAAUGCAGGCGCUUCCUCGGCAGAUGCCACUGACGUGCCUGAGUUGGCAUCUGCGGAACUAACAGAUGAAGAAAUAGCACGUAAGCUUCAAGCCGAAUGGGACAAAGAAGCAGCAGAUGAGGGUAGAAACGGAACUGAGGAUACUCGGAGCACUUCGCCGACUGCGAAUUCGGCAACCGAUGACCUGACGUCCGCUUCCCAACCAGAAUCAAAGCCUCAUACAAAAAGGGAGGCUAAAUUGCCGACUUCACUGGGGACUACUCUUACCUUGCAAUCUACAGGAACGGCUGAGGACUCUAUUACUUCUAACAUUCCUCUUGAUGAGCCUCCUUUAGCAUUUGAGCCAUCAAAGUAUCUUGACUUGUUGAGGGAGCACUGGGCAGGUGAGGGCGGAAAUGCCUCUUAUGCUUUGCUCACCCGAUGUUUCGUCCUCGUGAGUGGCACAGCGAGCCGCAUCAAGAUAGUUGAUACACUUGUGAAUUGCCUCCGGCUGCUUAUUGAAGGAGACCCUUCCAGUCUCCUACCAGCUGUGUGGUUGGCUACAAACUCCAUAUCGCCGCCAUAUGUAUCCCUGGAACUGGGGCUGGGGGGUUCCGCAAUAUCUAAAGCUCUAAAGCAAGUGUGUGGCUUGGACAACAGGUCGCUGAAGGCAAUCUAUGACAAGUACGGCGAUGCCGGCGACGUAGCCUUUGAGGCCAAAAAGAAGCAGAGAUUUACGUUGAAAAAGCCAAGGCCACUUACAAUCAAAGGCGUUCACCAAUCUCUCGUCAAGAUUGCCACCUCUCAAGGACAGGGCAGCGCACAGGCGAAACAGCGCAUUGUGGAUCGACUGUUGCAAGAUGCUAGGGGCGGCGAGGAGAGCCGGUUCAUUGUGCGAACCCUAUGCCAGCAUCUAAGAAUCGGCGCCGUGAAAACCACCAUGCUCAUUGCGCUGUCAAGAGCCUUUCUGUUAUCCCGGCCGCCUGGUGCAGAUUACUCCCCCAUGUGUAUCCCUGAACUUUCCAAGCUGAGGAAAGAAGAACUCGCCGAGAUUUGGGGUAAAGCUGAGGAAACCGUCAAAGCUUGCUUUGCACGACGACCCAACUACAAUGACUUGGUCCCGGUCCUCCUGGAAAUUGGAAUAUCAGACGAGUUGUUGAUCAGAUGUGGGCUAGCUCUGCAUAUUCCACUUCGACCCAUGUUGGGCAGCAUUACCAGAAAUCUGUCGGAAAUGUUGACAAAACUACAAGGAAGAGAUUUUGCCUGUGAAUACAAAUAUGAUGGACAGAGGGCCCAGGUGCAUUGCGACGAUGGCGGAAAGGUGUCGAUAUUUUCACGGCAUCUAGAACUUAUGACGGAUAAAUAUCCCGACCUUGUAGAAUUGGUCCCCAAGAUCCGUGGAGAGGGUGUCGGCAGCUUCAUCAUGGAGGGCGAAGUCGUUGCAGUGGAUCGAGAAACGGGCGAACUGAAGAGUUUUCAGACCUUGACUAAUCGGGCGAGAAAGGACGUGGAGAUUGGCAGCAUCAAGAUUGACGUUUGUCUGUUUGCCUUUGAUCUCAUGUUCCUGAACGAUCAGCCGUUGCUGGGCCGUUCAUUUAGGGAAAGACGAGAGUUGCUCCGGUCACUGUUCACCGAGGUGCCGCACAAGUUCACCUGGGUAAGAAGCCUUGAUGCGACAUCCAAUGAUUCGGAAACGGUGCUUGACUUUUUCAAAUCGGCCACCGAGAGCAAAUGCGAAGGAAUCAUGGUCAAAAUCCUUGACAACCUGGCUGGUAUCCCGUACUUGGGAGAGGAAGAGGGGCCGACUAUCGAGGGAGCAGAGAAGCCGUCGACGGCCAAGGCAAAGCCCAAAGCAAAAAAAGGGGAAAACGCUGCAACAGCAGCGGGCGGAGGAGACAAGAAGAAGGCGGGUUCUCGACGAAAGCCCCUCCUCGCGACAUACGAGCCCGACAAGCGGCUCGACUCGUGGCUCAAAGUGAAGAAGGACUACAAUUCCAGUUUCGACACGUUGGAUUUGAUCCCGAUUGCAGGAUGGCACGGUCAGGGCCGAAAAGCGAAGUGGUGGUCCCCGAUUCUUCUUGCCGUUCGCAACGAGGCGACGGGCAUGCUGGAGGCAGUCUGCAAAUGCAUGUCCGGCUUUACCGACGCAUUCUACAAGGAAAUGAAGCAGUUCUACGAUGACGGCGAAGACGGCGGGGAGCGCAGGAACACACGGUCACAGAAGCCGAGUUUCAUAGAGUACUCUGGCCCCAUGCCCGACGUCUGGUUCGAGCCGCAGGAGGUCUGGGAAAUGGCCUUUGCGGAUGUCACCCUGAGUCCGACCUACACCGCAGCCAUCGGCCUCAUCAGCGAUGAACGGGGCUUGAGUUUGAGGUUCCCACGGUUCAUUAAGAAGAGGGACGAUAAGAGCUUGGACGAGGCGAGCACGAACGAGUUCUUGGCUGGACUGUGGAGGAAACAGGAGGCAAAGGCGGUUCCGCAAGACGCACAAGACGGGAGAGGAGAUGAAGGGAUUGAGCAGAUGGAAGAUGAAUGA